AUGAAACUAGUGGUGUUCUCAGGUGGAACCGCUACAAACUCGCUGACUCCUUGUUUCUCGAAGAUCUCUUAUGAACAACGAGGUGAACUGACCUAUGUGCUGCCCGUGUCGGACAACGGAGGCUCGACAAGUGAGAUAUUGAGAGUAGUUGGUGGACCUGCAAUUGGUGAUCUCCGAUCUAGAAUCGUUCGGCUCGUUACAGACCCUAAAGUGGCAGAAUUGCUCAGUUAUCGUUUGCCGAACAAUCAAAAUGAAGCCAAGCAAGGUUGGAACUGGAUAGUUGAAGGAUCACACCCAAUCUGGCGCAAUGUACCAACUGAAGUGAAGGAGAUUUGUCGAGCAUUUUUCAUUCAUAUCAAUUCUGAGCUCUUGAAGCGUACUAAAGUGUCGAAUCCGUUCCGAUUUGAAAAGGCCUCGAUUGGGAAUCUGUUCUUGACCGGUGCAAGACUGUUUCUUGGGUCACUCGAUGCGUCUAUCGAACUUAUGAUGAGGGUUGGCAGAUGUGAUCCUCAAGUGCAUGUCAUUCCGUGCAUUAACACCAACCAUACGCACCAUAUCGCUGCAUUGCUGGCAAAUGACGAAGUGAUCACGGGCCAGUCACAAAUUUCCCAUCCCUCGAGACCAAAACUCACUAUGGAUCACCGAGCGAAUUCUGUAACUGAUAUCACUAGGGAUGGAUUUGUGCAUUUGGAACUGACGGAGGAUGAUAAGUUAGAAGAAGAAGAAGAAGAGGAGGAGUUCGCUAAUCCAUUGUACAUCUUACCAGAGUUGAAAAACUCACAAUUGCAUUUUGAGAAGAUCGAUGUCGAUGAUACACUACCGGCACCAAUCAAGAAUCUACUUUAUAUCAAUCCAUAUGGGGAAGAAAUCAAGCCAAUGGGCAAUUCUCGUGCAAUCUCCAAGAUCAAGAACGCAGAUAUGAUUGUUUACUCGAUUGGGUCACUGGUGACCAGUUUGCUGCCGAUCGUGGUCCUGGGGAACAUUGCAGAUGUUAUCUUGGAGUCUAAGCAUACACGGAAAGUGCUUCUUUUAAACAACAAGUACGAUAGAGAAACGUCUUGGCUUGAUGGUGUAAAGUACGUUCAACUCGUGAUAGAUACGAUGACAAGCGCCGCUAUCAAGUAUAAAAAAUCCAAGAGUAACCGGCCCAUCGCGGGGCUGCAACUGUAUUGGACAGAUUUCAUCACAGAUCUUGUUUACUUAAAGCAUGGUGAGAUCGCGAUCCAUGAAGAUGAUUUCGCAAAGAGAGGUAUUGAAUGCCAUGGAAUAAAAUCUCAGCAAUUUGAGAAUGAUCAAUUGGCAGAUGUACUGAAGAAAAUUGGUCAAAAGAGGGGACUUGAAUAA